AUGCAGCAGGCUGAAGAUAGCGGUGCUGCGCCGCCGCUGGAGAUAGGGAGCCAGGCAGUUUGGUCUCUCUCGUCCAGUAAGCCCGGCUUCGGCAUCGCCCAACUGAGAGACGACUCCAUCAACACUUACUGGCAGUCAGAUGGGUUGCAACCUCAUUACGUCAACAUUCAGUUUUUGAUGAAGACGGAAACAAUCUCACUAUACUUGGACUACAAACAGGAUGAGAGCUACACGCCAAGCAAGGUGGCCGUUAGAGCUGGCAGCACAUUCAACGACCUCACGCAAAUUGCAGUGGUAGAAUUCACAGAGCCCGAAGGCUGGAUUGACAUAAAUGUUUUGGACAAACACGAAAGACCAGUCAAGGCAUUUCAUUUUCAGGUGGUGAUUCUUACGAAUCACCAAAAUGGGAGAGAUGCCCACAUCCGUCAGGUCAAGGUGUUUGAGCCCAAAUCACCCGACAAACACGAACACCCCGCCACUCUCCUGCCCUUUACAAGCACAGACUAUGCUCAGAUAUUGAGAUGAUCAACUUUGUCAGACUGAUAUGCACAUGACGUUGAUUUUUGGUUCUAGCACAUGCGGCCAAAUAUACUAUCUCGGCGUAUGCCCAUACAUAACGUGCUAUAGGCUCCUUGUAGAAGCAGAGGAGAGAAAGCGGAGAGGGGGGAAGAGGUGGUGGAAUGGAAAGGUGAGGGAAACAGAGGGGGAGACAGAGAGAAAGAGAGAAAAUCCUAAUCCUCUUCAGGGAAGAGCACAGGACACACUGCAACUGCUUUGCACACACUGCCGUCUGGGUAGGUACACAAGCACUGGACCGCCAUCAGCUACACUUUGUAACGCUGGACUGGACUGCAUACACACGCCUACAUAUCUGCAUACACGCCUGCUCGACCUCUGCCUGAACUGCAUGCCUGCUGCACUGACUGCACAGCCCCCACACUCAACUGCACUCACAGCAACUGUGAAAACAGCGAAUGCACAUCUUACAUACAUGUAGGGGUAUAGUACACACACACACACACACACACACA